AUGGAUGGACUCAAGAAAAGCGAAAUUGCUCGAAUCCGCUUAGCCGUUUACCUAAAUAUCCUAAUGGUUUUCUUCGUUUACGUCUUCAUCGCUGUCAAAUUGAUGUGUCUUUCUUUGAACGAGCGCCAACACGACAGCCGCAAACAGCUGCGCUACAGUUCUCACGCCGCUUUCGAAGCCCCAGACUACAAUUUGCCACUGGCGAGCAUCGCGACCAGAGACUACAAAUCGAAUAAGCCGUUAUCCGUUGAAAAUCCAGCAUCAGACUUCGUUGAAAUGCCGAGAGAAGCAAUCGACACAGAGCAGAGCGAUUCGUUCCAAAUUCGUCCGGUUCUCCAAAAUGAGCAGCUCGACAGCUCGCGGAAUUCAAAAAACGAAAGCAGUUUCUAA